AUGACAGAUGCGGAUGGUAACCUUGCAGACUACUGGACGUGGUGUGCCAAAAAUGGCGUCGUAAGCAAAAAGUUGUCGCUGCGCAGGUGCGUGCAAGGACUCAUGCCGCAGCUCUCGCUUCACGUUGACGAACCCGUACGUGCUGGUGCGAUUGUGGCGACCGUGCCGUAUCUUGUGGCGCUGAACGUGCAGACGAUUAGGGGGGAUAUGAAACCUGCCAUAGUGCCCCCUGUUUGUGCGAUGUGUACAUUUUUGACACGCCGUCGUCGGAUGGAUAUUGUUACCGCGCGGUCUUUGUGGCUUGCUUGCUGUUUAGCAUGCUACAGGCGCCUGCUUUUGCAGGGACACUCAUUAAGCAAUGCACCACUUUUUUCGCGUCUUCUAAUGCCAGAAUUGCCCUCGCCCUUUACACCAACAUACAUCCGGGGGUAUCCCGCCCUAGCCGCCUCCAUACCGGAAGGCGUAGAUGAUGCCGUGGAGCACUCAUUCCUCUCACUGGUGCGAAGACAAGUGGAGGGUCAACUGCGCGUCACACAUGCAGCACUGCAUUUUUAUCAUCGACGACGAUUGCCUCAUCUAUCACAGCAAUUUGUUCCCAGCUUUGAUGAGCUGUGCGUGGCAUACCGUACUGUGCUUCACCGCAGUCUGUUGUUGCCUGUUGACUGCGUCCCAUCAUCGCCGGGUGACUUGGCGGACUUGUUUAGUGAGCGGCCCGAUCUCGAUCUCUUGCCGACGCUUGUGCCACUUGUCGAUGUUAUUCGAGGCUCCUCCGCCGCACGGAUGUCGACGAAUGCCGCGGGCAGCGACGUCCGCGGAAGCGGUGAUGACAACACUGCAGCAAAUUGUGCGCUCUACACCUGCACACAGGCCGAUUUUUUUUCCUCGGGGAGUCGUCGACGUGUCGUUUUUGAAACAGAACCCCUUUCUAGCCGUCGCGUGGUGGUAUGCGCUACGAGGGACAUGAAAGAGGGGGAGGAACUCCUGCUGGACUACAGCUCACCGUGA